GGGGGUGGGGGGGGGGUAAGGCAGGCUGGGCGGUGCGGGCGGGCAGCGCUGCCCUGCUCCGCCGCCGCAGCAGCAGCGCCUCUCUCCCGGAUCGCAGCCGGCAGCAAGCAGCAGGAGGAGAAGGAGGAGAAGGAGGAGGAGGAGGUGGCUCCUCCUGCACGGCCGGGCCUGAGCGCCGGAGCCCGGCUGCGACAUGUCCGGCAAGCUGGAGAAAGCAGUAAAUAACCCUGUGAGAAUAGUAAAUAUAACUCCACACCAGCGAAGCAGCGUGAAGAGUUCAAACACGGGAAGAUGACUCUGUAGACACACACAAAUGCAGCGCGGUUCCAUAAACAAUAGAACAGAAAGGCCAAAAAUACCAUACAAAAAUCAUACGCUGCGCAACCUAGAGACCCGACCUUGCAACACACUGAACUCCCAUUGAAGAACUCAAGACAUCAUGCAGGAUCCGUCCCCAGAUUCUGAGCGUUCCCAUCUCUCCUCGUUCACUAUGAAGUUGAAGGGCAAGUUUCAUUCACCAAAGAUAAAGAGGACCCCUUCAAAGAAAGGAAAGCAAGCUGACCUGACAGUGAAAACACCAGAGAAGUCAGCGAACAAAAACGUAUCAUGGCUAGAGGAAAAGGAGAAGGAGGUUGUCAGUGCAUUGCGCUACUUUAAGACUAUUGUGGACAAAAUGGCAAUUGAUAAGAAAGUUUUAGAGAUGCUGCCAGGUUCAGCAAGCAAAGUGCUGGAAGCCAUCCUACCCUUGGUGCAGACUGAUCCACGCAUCCAACAAAGUUCUGCCAUCUCGUCCUGCUACAGCCGUGUGUACCAGAGUCUGGCCAAUCUCAUUCGCUGGUCUGAUCAAGUGAUGCUGGAGGGUGUGAAUUCGGAAGACAAGGAGAUGGUGACUACAGUUAAGGAUGUCAUAAAAGCUGUUCUGGAUGGAGUUAAGGAGCUGGUCAGACUCACGAUUGAAAAGCAGGAGCAUCCCUCUCCCACCAGCCCAGUUAAACCCAGUUUACCAGCAUGUAAAUCUGACAGCCCAUCAGAACUUCCCCUUACAGACCGAGAAAUGGAGAUCCUAAACAAAACAACCAAUAUGACUCAGUCAAAUGAGCUACUGACUGACUCCAUGGAUGAAGAGGUUGCACCUCCUAAACCCCCUCUGCCUUGCAUUCGUGUGGCAGAAAACAGCCCUCCUCCAGCCUUGCCCCCUAAAAAGCGGCAAUCAGCACCUUCCCCAACCAGAGUGGCAGUUGUGGCCCCCAUGAGUCGAGCCACCAGUGGGUCCAGUUUACCCGUUGGAAUCAACAGACAGGAUUUUGAUGUUGACUGCUAUGCCCAGAGAAGGUUGUCAGGUGGCAGCCACUCCUAUGGGGGGGAAUCUCCUCGCCUCUCACCGUGCAGCAGCAUCGGCAAACUCAGCAAGUCAGACGAGCAGCUCUCCUCUCUGGACCGUGACAGCGGUCAGUGCUCUCGCAACACAAGCUGUGAAACGUUAGAUCAAUCCGAUCACUAUGACCCGGACUAUGAAUUCCUGCAGCAGGACCUCUCGAAUGCUGAUCAGAUACCUCAGCAGGUGCCAGGUAUCCUCAGCCCCUUGCCAGAGUCCCUGGGCGAGUCUGGCUCCCCUUUCCAUGGACAUACUUUCCAGCUCCCACAGGGCAGCUCUCCUCCGCUGGAAUUUUACAGCCUCUCGGGAGCUGCGCAGCCAACAGAGACUCCUCCAGCUUUACCAGAAAAGAAGAGGAGGAGCGCAGCCUCUCAGACUUCAGAUAACUCAGGCUGCAGGAUCUCGUAUGAAAGACACCCUUCACAAUAUGAUAACAUCUCAGAGGACGACAUGCAGAACGCAGGGUCUGUCGCAUCAAUACCCUUCACACCACUUGCUGCUGUUUUGCCCUUCCAGCAAGGAAACUCUUCAGCACCGGUCGAAUUAAUGGCUGACUUUUCUAACAGUGACCCAGAGAAGCCACCACCUCUGCCGGAGAAGAAAAACAAACACAUGCUGGCCUACAUGCAGUUCGUGGAAGACUACUCGGAGCCGCAGCCAUCCAUGUUCUACCAGACCCCGCAGAACGAGCACAUCUACCAGCAGAAGAACAAGCACCUCAGGGAAGUCUAUGGCAUCAACGACUCCUUCAUCAGCUUAGAACCCUCUCAAGACCUGGCACCUCCACCCGCUCUCCCCCCGAAGCAGCGGCAGCUGCAGGCCUCCUAUGCUGCCUCUUCUUUCCCUUCUGUCUCCUACUGUGUCCAGCAAACUAAAGUGCCCUUCACCCCCGAGGACACCGGUGCCACUCAGGGCCUCACUAUGUCAGUCUCUAACUCCUUUCUCAACCGGCACAGCUCCUUUCCUGUGCACUCGUACAAGUCCGUGUUUAGGUCCUACUCCCAGGACUUUGUGCCUCACAACCAAGUCUCCAUCCCUCCUUUCCUGUCUUCUACCUCCUCGUCCUGCUCCACCCCGCCUUUCCCCCCCGUCCACCCGUCUCAGAGCUCUGACCUAGCGGUGCCAGCCACGGCCAGCCAGUCUCCCAGCGCUGGGGAUGUGCCAAACUCCUCUUCGCAGGAGAGCAGCUUUAACGGGAAUGCUCCUGUCUGCCUUCCUUCUGAAACCUCUUUCACUGAUUCUCUCCAGACGGCUUCGAGCGAAAACGCCAGCGAGGAGGCUGGUGAGGGUGAAUACGUCAAUCUGUAUUCCUCUGGCCAGAGCAACGGGGAGGUCCCUCACCCUGCAGGAGAAUCUCCCUCCGUCAAAGAAGGCCACUCCAAAGACUCUGGUUCAAACAGCAGUGCCAUGGGGAAGGAAGGCAAAGAUGGUGCUGAAAGGCAGCAGCAGUCACCGGAUGCUUUGGAAUCGUCACAGUUGGAGGAAGAAGUAGAUGAGCUCUCCCUUAUUGACCACAGUGAAAUUAUGGCUAGGUUAACGCUGAAGCAAGAGGGAGAUGACGGCCCAGACGUCCGUGGUGGAUCUGGAGAUAUUUUGUUAGUGCACGCGACAGAGACCGACAGGAAAGAUCUGGUGCUGUACUGUGAAGCCUUUCUGACUACGUACAGGACAUUCAUUACCCCUGAAGAGCUCAUCAAGAAGCUGCAGUACAGAUAUGAGAAGUUCUGCCACUUCCCAGACACGUUCAAGAAGCGAGUCAGUAAGAACACCUUCUUCGUGCUGGUGAGAGUGGUGGAUGAGCUGUGCUUGGUGGAGCUGACAGAGGAAAUUCUCAAGCUGCUGAUGGACCUGGUGUUCCGGCUGGUCUGCAACGGGGAGCUGAGCCUUGCCAGAGUGUUACGCAAAAAUAUCCUCGAUAAAGUAGAUCAGAAGAAAAUGCUAAGGUUUGCCAAUUCCACCAAACCUCUUGCAGCCCGUGGGGUAGCAGCCAGGCCGGGGACCCUGCAUGAUUUCCACAGUCACGAGAUAGCUGAGCAGCUGACCCUGCUAGACGCUGAACUCUUCUAUAAAAUCGAGAUACCAGAAGUUUUGCUUUGGGCGAAAGAGCAAAAUGAAGAGAAGAGCCCCAACCUGACACAGUUCACAGAGCACUUUAAUAACAUGUCCUACUGGGUCCGUUCAAUAAUAAUGUUACAAGAGAAAGCCCAAGACCGAGAGAGGCUGCUCCUUAAAUUUAUAAAGAUUAUGAAGCACUUACGAAAGCUGAAUAAUUUUAAUUCCUAUCUGGCAAUUCUGUCUGCACUGGAUUCUGCACCCAUCCGAAGGCUGGAGUGGCAGAAACAAACCUCAGAGGGCCUGGCUGAGUACUGUACGCUGAUCGACAGCUCCUCGUCCUUCCGAGCCUACCGAGCAGCUCUGGCUGAUGUGGAGCCUCCCUGCAUACCUUACCUAGGCCUGAUUCUGCAGGACCUGACCUUUGUUCAUCUGGGAAACCCAGAUUACAUUGACAGCAAAGUCAACUUCUCUAAGCGCUGGCAGCAGUUUAACAUCCUGGACAGCAUGAGGUGCUUCCAGCAAGUACAUUACGACAUCAAAAGGAACGACGACAUCGUGUCCUUCUUCAACGACUUCAGCGACCACCUGGCGGAAGAGGCCCUGUGGGAACUGUCCCUCAAAAUCAAACCUCGGAACAUCACGAGGCGGAAAACGGACCGGGAGGAGAAAACCUAGGAGGAGGGGGAGCUGUGCGAGCGAGGAGAAUUGCUCGGCAGAUGCGCAGAGGGCAGCUAUGAGACUGGAGUUCAGUAUUUGUACCUGUUACUGGGUGACGCACCCUCCCUCCCGGCUGGCAGCGAUCGCUGGGCGUGCGAGCGUCGGGCCGCUGAGGGCAGAGAUCAGCCAGCGCUCGCUGCACUCGCCUUCCUCCUCCUCCCGUCCCUCUGUGCCAUCAAGCAGCUUUAACCCCGAGGAGAGAGCUCCGUGGAAGGAGGGUCCCAGGCAAAGCGUGUUACAGGUGGUGUUGGGAGAGAGCCGGGCUUUUGGUUUCGUCCGUGGAGGAAUCGGCGAGAGCUCGGCGCCCACGGGCCGGUCGCGGCAGCGCAAGCAGCUGUGGCAGGAGAGGUUUUUGAGUCUCGCCCACGCCGCCACCUCGCAACGUGUUUGUCCCUAGGAGCCGAGGAUGGAAGAGCCUCCGCUGUCUGCCAGGGGAGCUCUGCUUUCGGAGAGCUUGCUUUUGUUUACAGGGGUCUUCGGUUUACCCCAGAUCUCUCUCGCCUCCUUUCUGGGAGGAAGGCACCGGUUGUAGAUACAGAAGAGGCACUGAAAACGUGGGCAGGGACCCGCCGUCUCCAGUCAUCGUACCCCCCCCUCCUCCUCUUAGAUCUCGUUAUUUAAACGGUCAUCCCUCCGAACCCUGAACCAGAGACUUCCCGAGGUACUGCGGUCCCCCCGUCCGUGGACCCGUAUCAGUUAGUGAUGGUACUAGCUUUUGCACAGUAAGUUCUGUAGUAUACGACUGUAAAUAUUAGUGUGUAGAAUCCAGUGAGGAAUUUUUUUUUUUUUGAUGCAUGUCCGAAAAACCCGUGGGUUUAUAGGAAAAGGCAAGAAAAAGUGCAAAACAUUAUGUAUAAAACUCCCACCCCCAUGACAUCGGCGUUCAAGUACUGGAAGGAAGGAGGCUCGGGGCCGGCUGAUGGGGCUGGAGGAGUUGGGGUCCCCUCUGGGGUGGUGACAGCCAGCAGGGACGGAGCCCAGCCCGCUGGCCCCACCGCCUCGCUCCUCUCCUUUCCUCUCCUGUCGUUGCCAAUUUUUUUCUUGGGGCUUUCCCCUCCCGGAUAGCCCCGGUGCUGAGCUCCCUGCCCCAUGCUCUGGAAACAGCCCCAGCCAGGCCCUGUCCCCAGCCCUGCCCGGCACAGGAGAGGGGUGAGCACUGCCCGCCCAGCGUGACCCGUCUGUCUGUCUGUCCGUCUGUCCGGUGUGCCUUAUUCAGCCCCUCCCUGUCCCCUCCUGUCCCCUCCGUCCCCUCUCCCAGGGUGUCCUUGCCAGUGCAGCCCCAGCUGGGCCCUUUCCCCUCCCUCCUUUCUGUCCUCAUUCAGUUGUUUACAGGGUGGGUCGUGGUUUUGAGCAUAUGCUGUAGAUUUUAUCAGCCUUGCAAGGCCUUUUUCAGACCCAUGGCACAUGGUCACAGGUUUUUAAGCCUUCGUCCCACAAAAUCCUGCAGUUUUAGAGCAGUGGCUCGUACAGGAUGUUUUGCAGAGCAUCCUUGAUUUGUUUCUCAAUAGCAGGUCAAUGUUUGCUAAGCCUCUGUUUAUUCUGGGUGAAUCAGAGGUGCGAGCACUUCCUCCUACAGAUUGCAAAGCCUUUGCGGCUCCCUGGACGUGUUGGCUCCAGCUGCCAGCCUGCAGCAGGGCGCGCCGGUGGCGUUACCCCAUCCUCAGGACUGUGUCCAGCUCGAUCACGUCCCAGAAGCUGCAGGCAGCGGGCUCCCAGCACCUCGCCCCACGCUGCCCAAGCUGCUGCAGUGGCCUCCAAGACGCCCAUGGUGGGAUCCAAACCGAGACACCUGCAUCGACAGCGGCAGCCCCGUGAGAGCAAGACACGGCGCGGUGAAGCACCACGUCCAGUUCGUGCGUCCGCAUCGGCUUUGCAGUCUGGUUUUGAGAGCAAAGCAAAAUUCUCGAGCGUUUCCCCCGCCCUCCCCUUCGUGCCCUCGCAGUCCCCAGAGCAGGAGGAGCAGGGCUCUCGCUGUGCCAAACACGACACCUGAGUCAGAACACUUCAAAAGCUUUUUAUUUUGUUUUAUGGCACUACCAGCCCUGGAGCUGCACGCCACGUCUGGUCAAGGCUUUGCAACCCCUGAAGGCUUCGCAGCCUUGGAAGCAGGAAGUAGUACUUUGGUUUUGCUUUGUAAAUAAGAUUUUAAAAAAAAACAACCUGACGAGACUGUGAAAAGGCAAAAUCCGAUCUCUGGCUGGCACAGGGCUCUGCUGGCUCUGAACACGUCACUACCACCGCUGUGUGCUGUAGCAUAGGCUGUUCCUAGGAGUAUUGUGUGUGGUGAUAGCACUAAAACACACCCCAUCAGGUUCAGUUCCCCGCGUGCCGAGGCGCAGCGUGGCGUGGGCUCGAUGCCCCUGCUGCCGAGGGAGCUGCUCCCCUUCCCCUGGCCGUGUGUGAGCUGCUUUCAGUUCUCCCCCUGCGUGCGGAGCCCAGAGCCCCCCGCUCCCAGCCAGCCCCCGGCAGCAGGGGCUCGGCUCACGGCGUGGGGCCGGGAGGCACGAGACGGGCACGGCCGCAGCUGCUUGGCCAGCGAAAAGUGCCGAGCGUGGCCACGGCUGGUGCAGCUGCGAGCCCCUCGCCUCCCUCGGGGGGCAGCGGGGGUCUCGGGCUCCUCGCUGGGCAGGGAGGGGGAGAAGCGGUGCCCAGUGCCCCUGCGCUGCCCCCAGCCUCUCCCCCCACCCCCAGCUGUUGGGCUGUAUUAUAGAUUUCCCACUAACCCGGUCCUGAUGGUGGCAUCUUCCCGCAGACAUUUCAAACCUGUAACUUUUAUAUUAAAGACAAAUAAACACCAGUAACGAACCCGCCUAACGAUCCUGUUUACAGUGCAUGCAGCAGUCUGUGGAUUAAAGUGACAAUCAAAUCCGCUUCU